AUGGUCGACCGUCUCAAACAGCUGACCUCCCAGGUCAGUGGUACCUCCCCCUCUCCCCACCCCUUCGAUCCCCUCUCGACCACCGAAAUCGACACAGUUGUCGCCCUGGUCCGGGAGAAGUAUGGCCCUCUCAGUUUCAAUGCUGUCUCCCUGUAUGAGCCUCGCAAGGCCGAGAUGCUGGCCUGGCUCGCAGACCCUGAAAAGGCACCGCGGCCGGCCCGCUGUGCCGAUGUCGUCGCCAUUGGACCAAAGGGCAAGGUCUACGACGGCAUAGUCAAUCUGGAUGAGAAGAAGAUUGUCGAAUGGAAGCACACGGAAGGUGUCCAGCCCAUCAUCACCCUGGAAGAGCUCCAGGAGGUCGAGCACGUCUGCCGCAAGGACCCCCGGGUCAUCGAGCAGUGCGAGAUCAUCGGCAUCCCGAGGGAAGAAAUGGACAAGGUAUACUGCGAUCGUAAGUUUUUCCUGUCCGUCAAUUUGGUUUCGUCUACUCAAGUGCAAGCGCUCAUGUAUUAUCGACCCAACGUGGACGACUCUCAAUACGGGUAUCCGCUCGACUUUUGCCCCAUCUACAAUGCAGAGACCAAGGAGAUCAUUCACAUCGAUGUGCCCCCGGUGAGACGCCCCAUUAGCAGGGCACCGCCCAACAACUACCACCCAGAGUCCGUGGCCAAAGACCUGGGCGGAUAUCGGACCGACCUCAAGCCCAUCCACAUCACACAGCCCGAGGGCGUGUCGUUCAAAAUGAACGGCCGGAUCGUCGAGUGGCAGAACUGGAGCAUCCACGUCGGGUUCAAUUACCGGGAAGGCAUUGUGCUGAACAACAUCACCUUCAACGACAAGGGCACCAUCCGCCCCAUCUUCUACCGUCUGUCGCUGGCCGAGAUGGUCGUCCCCUACGGCAACCCGGAGCAUCCUCACCAGCGCAAGCAUGCCUUUGAUCUGGGCGAGUAUGGCGGGGGCUACAUGACCAACAGUCUGUCACUGGGCUGCGACUGCAAAGGGGCCAUCCACUACCUGGAUGCCGCCUUUGUCAAUCGAUCGGGAGCCAGCACUGUUAUCAAGAACGCCAUUUGUAUCCACGAGGAGGAUGCAGGCAUCCUGUUCAAGCACACCGAUUUCCGGGACGACUCGGUGAUUGUGACUCGCGGGCGGAAGCUGGUCAUCUCGCACAUCUUCACGGCGGCCAACUACGAAUACUGCGUGUAUUGGAUCUUCCACCUGGAUGGUACGAUCCAGCUGGAUAUCAAGCUGACGGGAAUUCUGAAUACGUAUGCCAUGAACCCCGGCGAAGACACCCACGGCUGGGGAACGGAGGUGUACCCGGGAGUCAACGCCCACAACCACCAGCAUCUGUUCUGUCUGCGCGUGGAUGCCAACAUCGACGGACCCAACAACACCGUCUUUCAGGUGGACGCCGCUCAAGGGCCGGGCGAGGUCGGCAGCGCAGAGAACAAGUAUGGCAACGCGUUCUAUGCCAAGAAGACGAAAUACACGACGCCGGCAGAGGCGAUGGCCGACUACAAUGGCGACACGAGCCGCACGUGGGAGAUUGCCAACACGAACAAGCUGAACCCGCACAGCAAGAAGCCUGUGGCUUACAAGCUGGUGAGCCGGGAGGUGCCACGCUUGCUGCCGAAGGAGGGAGGGUUGGUGUGGAAGCGGGCGGGUUUUGCUCGCCAUGCGGUCCACGUUACAAAGUUUCGUUUCUCACAAGUCACAUCUAGAUGCCGACGACCAGAUCUACCCCGCCGGCCGCCACGUCCCUCAGACGUCAGGCGAGCCAUCACAGGGCCUGCCGAUGUGGAUCGAAGAGACCAAGGACACCUCGAUCGAAAACACCGACAUCGUGCUAUGGCACACCUUCGGCCUGACGCAUUUCCCGUCGCCGGAGGACUUCCCCAUCAUGCCGGCAGAGCCGAUGACCGUCCUGUUGCGGCCGCGCAAUUUCUUCGACCGCAACCCGGCCCUGGACGUCCCGCCGAGCUAUGCGCGAACGCCGUCGCAGGUGGCGGCGGGUUCGAAAGGAUGUGGAUGCGGAGGGGCGAAGGGGGAUGGAAGCAGCGUUUUGUCACAGUCACUCCAUCCACUAGAUCAUACCUACUUAAGGUGGAAAGUCCGUAUGAGUAUACCAUGCAAAAAACAUAUAAUGUACUCCGUACAUACUAUAUAUACGACAUUGACCAACCAUUUGCUCUGCUCAAUACCGAACAGAAAGAACACUUGGACCAAUUUACCAACUACUCUGCUAACAUCAUGCCUGCUCACUCGCAAGACGGCUCCACUUCCGCACUCUCGCCCCCCAGGUAA